CCAGCCAAGACAUGUGUCAAGAUGAAACACCCAUUGACACAAGCACAGACAUCAAUACCACAACAACCAGCCAAGACAUGUGUCAAGAUGAAACACCCAUUGACACAAGCACAGACACCAAUACCACAACAACCAGCCAAGACAUGUGUCAAGAUGAAACACCCAUUGGUACGAACACAGACAACAAUAACACAACAACCAGCCAAGACAUGCAUCAAGGAGCAAUUAUUGAAACAAGUGUAGUAGAAAAAUCCACACUUGAGGCUGUUUCUGCAAGUUUUUAUGAUAGUAAUUCAAGUGUUGAAAGCUCAGUGGUACUAGAUGAAAGUGAAGAAACACAUCCUACAAAGAUAUCUCAUCCAAACACAAAAAAUAUUAACAACGCCAACCUCCUGAACUAUCAUCUUAGGUCUCAAAGUAGAAUUAUCAGUCAUAUCCUGUCAUUACCAAAUACUAGAAGUACAGAUGAUGAAGGUGAAGUAGGGAAGACGGACAAGAUUGAUGAAUUUGAUCAACUGAUGACAGAGCAGACAGAAAUAUUUUUAGCUCAUGACAAUAAUGUUGCGCAUCACAGAAGCACCGAACAAAUUCAUCUUGGAAAAGAUCAUGACAACCAAGUUACAAAAUGCUCUGAGAAUGAUUAUAACGUGAGUUCAGAUCAGUCUUCUUUGAAAAACAGUGAUUGCAGAAGUCAUGAUAAGAUACACUCAGGAGAAAAGCCAUUCAAGUGCAAGCACUGUAGCAAGACAUUUACACACAUUGGUAGCUGCAGAAAACAUGAGAGGAUACACUCACGAGAAAAGCCAUUCAAGUGCAAGCAUUGUAGGAAGGCAUUUAUUCGUAACAGUGAUUGUAAAAUGCAUGAGUGGAUACACUCAGAAGAAAAGCCAUUCAAAUGCAAGCAUUGUAGCAAGACAUUUACACUAAACAGUACCUGCAGAAAACAUGAGAGGAUACACUCAGGUCAAAAGGCAUUCAAGUGUAAGCACUGUAGCAAGGCAUUUAUUCAUAACAGUGAUUGUAAAAUGCAUGAGUGGAUACACUCAGAAGAAAAGCCAUUCAAGUGCAAGCAUUGUAGUAAGACAUUUAAACAAAACGGUAACUGCAGAGCACAUGAGAGGAUUCACUCAGGAGAAAAGCCAUUCAAGUGUAAACAUUGUAACAAGACAUUUACACACAUUGGUAACUUCAAAAGACAUGAGAGGAUACACUCAGGAGAAAAACCAUUCAAGUGCAAGCAUUGUGGCAAGACAUUUAAACAAAACGGUAACUGCAGAGCACAUGAGAGGAUACACUCAGGAGAAAAACCAUUCAAAUGCAAGCAUUGUAGCAAGACAUUUACACGAAACAGUACCUGCAGAAAACAUGAGAGGAUACACUCAGGAGAAAAGCCAUUCAAGUGCAAGCACUGUAGCAAGGUAUUUAUUCGUAACAGUGAUUGCAAAGUGCAUGAAAGGAUACACUCAGGAGAAAAACCAUUCAAAUGCAAGCAUUGUAGCAAGACAUUUACACGAAACAGUACCUGCAGAAAACAUGAGAGGAUACACUCAGGAGAAAAGCCAUUCAAGUGCAAUUACACAAAACAGUAGCUGCAGAACACAUGAGAGGAUACACUCAGGAGAAAAGCCAUUCAAGUGUAAACAUUGUAGCAAGGCAUUUACACACCUUGGUAGCUGCAGAAUGCAUGAAAGGAUACACUUGAGAGAAAAGCCAUUCAGAGUUAUUGCAGCAAGACAUUUGGUAACUACAGAAGGCAUGGAAGGAUCAUACACUCAGGAUAAAAGCCAUUCAAGUGCAAGCACUAGCAAGACAUUUACACAAAACAGUAGCUGCAGAACACAUGAUAAGAUAGACUCAGGAGAAAAGCCAUUCAAGUGCAAGCACUGUAGCAAGACAUUUAAACAAAAAAGUUGCUGCAGAAUACACGAGAGGAUCAUACACUCAGGCGAAAAGCAAUAGCCGACUUGAGAAUUUUGCCUCUGUAGUCACACACAAAGGAAUCAAGGCGUGCAUAAAGCUCAGUCGUUCGUGAAAAGACAAUUUACUGAGCUUUACGCACGGCGACUCGUAUUGAGUCUUUUGUGUUUGACUACUGAGGCGAAAUUCGCAAAUCGGGUAUUCAAAUGUAGGCAAGAUUUCUUAAGAGAAGAAAAAUAAAUUUAUGCUAGCAGUCUUCAGCGAUUACAGCAGAAACCGUUGCAUCGCGACUUCAAUGUUCAAAGGAAAUAGUAUCUAGAUAUAUCUGAAACUUCGAUAUAAAGCACUUGAAUGCACAACGAGCUGGGGAAUAAGCGAAGUUUCAGGGAUAUAAACUUAUCUAGAUAUCGCCCCCAUUUGAGGGCAAUAUCUAUAUAUUGGCCUUGAAUACUAAUGUAUAUUGCCUUGAAUACCUAACUAACUACUACGUUCAACUUAGAAAUUUUACGUCUGAAACUUUAAACUUGAAAGAAAGAAAGAAAAAUUCAAAUGACACCAAGURGAUUCGAMCCYRCAAMCUUAGCUUUGAAAMUCCUAUACUUAACACGUUAUGCUAACUGACUAAUCGAUGUCAAUUAUGGAAUAAAACAGUUAUUUAACAUU